CAUCUCAUUGCAACCUUUCUUUUCUCUCUCUCUCUGGUGUUGAUUGAUUAUCGGAUCUCCAGCUCUGAGACUGAGUGAGCUGGCCUCGGUGACAAAAUAACCCAUGGCUACUACUUCCGCCCAUCAGGACCAGUCGCAGCUGGUAGUCGACCCGAACACGCUUCCUGUUGAAGCCGAGCCGGUCAGAAGCCAGACCGAGUCGCACGAAGAUGCAAAGCUCCUGAAAUCAAUGGGCUACAAGCCAGUCCUGCAUAGAACAUACACUCUCGUCGAAAACUUCUCAACAACCUUUGCUGCAUUGUACUUUGUCGGAGGUGUGCGGGUCACAUUCAGCACCGGUAUCGCAGCAGGCGGUAACCUGGCUUACUGGACGAGUUACUUGGUUACCAUGGUAUUCACCUACAUCACUGCGGCGGUAAUUGCAGAAGUAUGCUCCGCCUCGCCGUCUGCGGGAUCCAUCUACCUCUGGGCCGCAGAGGCUGGAGGCCCUCGAUUUGGUAGACUUCUGGGAUUUGUUGUUGCGUGGUGGAGUACGACUGCGUGGACGACUUUCUGUGCGAGUAACACUCAGUCUGCAGUGAACUACAUGCUUUCCGAGUUGACUGUCUUCAACGUCGACUUCCCUCAAGAUACCUCUAGCGUCAAGUUUCGCGCCGUCCAGUGGAUCUGCACAGAGAUUCUGCUGGCAUUGGCUGCGCUAUUGAACUAUUUGCCGCCUCGGGCGUACAAGUGGGUCUUCUACUCAUCGUCCCUGAUCGUCCUGCUGGACUUCUUCCUCAAUCUGAUCUGGCUGCCCAUCGGAACCGCCAACACCUGGGGAUUCCGCACGGCGGAGGAAGCCUUCAUGUCCACCUACAACGGCACCGGCGCCCCCGCCGGCUGGAACUGGUGUCUGUCGUACCUCGCCACUGCCGGAAUCCUCAUCGGAUUCGACGCAUCGGGCCACGUCGCCGAAGAGACGAAGCACGCCUCGAUCACCGCGGCCCGCGGUAUCUUCUGGAGUACUGUCGUGAGCGGCAUUGGCGGAUUGGCGACCAUUAUCCUCUUUCUGUUCUGCGCUCCCGACCCCGACACGCUCUUCUCCUUCGGCUCCCCGCAACCGUUCGUGCCUCUGUACGCCGUCGUCCUCGGCAAAGGCGGCCACAUCUUCAUGAACAUCAUCUGCGUCGUGGCUCUCUGGCUGAACACCGCAAUUGCCAUCCUCGCCGCCUCGCGCCUCGUCUUCGCCGUCGCUCGCGACGGCGUCCUCCCCUUCUCCCACUGGGUCUCGCAGGUGAAGAACGGACAACCGCGCAACGCCGUCAUCGUUGUCUGGGGCGUCUCCGCCCUGAUUUCGUGCACGCUGCUCCCCUCAGACGUGGCCUUCACCUCGCUCGUCUCCGCCGCGGGCGUCCCCAGCGCCGCCGCCUACGGGCUCAUCUGCCUCGGUCGGCUCCUGUGCACCCCGAAGCGCUUCCCUAAGCCCGAGUGGAGUCUCGGACGACUCAGCAAGCCCUUCCAGUUCAUCGGGGUGUUCUGGAAUGCCUGGGUCGUCGCCGUCCUCUUUUCGCCGUAUGAGUUUCCCGUCACCGGGGCGAAUUUAAAUUACGCCCCCAUCAUCAUGGCUGCCGUCACCAUCUUCGCCUUGAUCUCCUAUUGGGUCACCCCGGAAAGCGCCUGGCUCCCGAUCGACCGUAUCUCGCAUUUUAUCGACAGCAAGGGAGCGGUGCAGAGCUCCGUUGAGGAGGUUGGAGUGAGUCGUACCGGUCCCACACACGAUGGCGGACCUUCUUCCGAGACGACCGAGUGAAAGUGGUGCGCUGUGCUAUUUUCCUCUUCGGUUUUCAACUUCGCUGUUUGGGAUGAAGAAGGGUAGUCUGCCAAUGAACAAAAGCAAAGAGAUACAAAAGUUUUUUUUUUUUGGUGGUUUCGUUUGAUCGUGGCGGUUUUGGGUGGCGGUUUGCGUGAGCAUACAUAGAACACGGGAAAGAACACACCCAGGCAUGAUCUACUUGAUUCUUGUGUAUGAUUAAU